AUGCGCUCAGUAGCUUCGUACAUAGCUGCGAGCUUGCUCAUGGCUGCGGGUUGUGCCUUGUGCCAAGGCCCACCUCCUCCAUGGCCUGGCGGUCAUCAAUUCAUUGGUCAGCCGCCUCAAGCCCCUGUCGACCCUCUCUCUAGUAGCCACUGGAGACCAGUAUCUGCAUCCUCUACUCGCGUCGGAGCAAUCGGCGCUGGCGCCGGCAUACAACCCCGUCCCUUCGGUGAGCCAGCUGGUUUUGCUGGGUCGGAAGCCUCGACAGGACGUGGUCCACUUCCAGGCGCCUAUCCGUUUAUGGGAAGAGCUGGUAGAACUCCAGAUGCAUCUCCUGGCGGCAUACCGAGUGCCCAAGGAGGCAUGAUGGGUGGAUCCGUAGGCGGUAACGCAGGCUCUGCAAUGUCUGACCAGCUUCGGCUCGAGUCUGACUUCCCAGGAAAGCCUACUGCUGCCAUCAUGUACACGUACGUUCCCAGUACGUUCAAGAAGGGGAACCCGGUUAUCGUAGCUCUCCAUCAUUGCGCGGGUACAGGCCCUGGAUACUUUCACGAAUAUGCUGACUGGCCCAAGAUGGCAGACAAAAAGGGCUUCCUCAUGAUCUUCCCAAGCUCUCCUGGAGGUACAGGUAACUGUUGGGACGUCUCUUCGAAAGCCUCACUUGAGCACAAUGGAGGUGGAGACAGUCAGACCAUUGCCGAAAUGCUCAAGUUCGCGAUCAAAAAGUACAGCUGCAGUGACAAGGCGUACCUGGUCGGACACUCGAGUGGCGCAAUGCUCACCCAAGUGAUGGCAACGACCUAUCCGGACUUGUUUGUCGCGGCCGCAGCCUACUCUGGUGUACCUUCUGGUUGUUUCUCCACACAAAAGGCAAAAGGAGCUGAUUGGAAUAGCACAUGCGCUGGAGGUACUCUAAACGAGAGUCUUCAGUACUGGGUCCAACAAGCCAGGAACAUGUAUCCGGGAUAUAAGGGUCAGUAUCCGAGAAUGAUGCUUGUUCACGGUGAUCAGGAUGCGGUCAUCAACUUCAACAAUCAUCGCGAAGCCGUAAAACAGUGGUGUGGUCUCCACGAUCUCAACCCCGAAACUCCCGACAAGAAGUACCCACUUCCGUCUCAGCCCAAUUACGAGAUUUCUGUGUACGGGUCUUCGGCAGUGAUGGCCAUUUCUGCAGGCCAUGUCACCCACGACAACCCUGCCAAAGGUAUGCGUCUUCGAGGUCUUUCUGUUCUCAUCCGGCUGAAAAAACCCAGCUGA